CAGGGACGCUGGGUGUAUUGCGCUGGCUCGCCGGUUGCAUGUAGUGAGCUGCGUUCGUUACUCGCAACUAGCGCGACUUUCGUGUUUUCCGGAACUAUGGAGUGAUGAGAAAUGUAGUGACUAGACGUCCUUUAUUUUACCAAGCUAGUCUUGUUUUUAGUUGGCGAUUUCAACGGGAGAGACAGAGAGAGGGCUGAAUAAAGCACUCUUGAAAUUCACUGGAGGGAGCACAUUCACCGCUACUGCAAAAUGAGGAUGCAACUUCGGAGGAUCCAACACCUGUAGUGCUGGCAUUUCGGGAAAGGUGACGGCUGGAAUACAUUGAAAACGUGACACUUUGCAGUCUGGAUAGGUAACAGCUUAAAUUUCUCGGAAAGGUGGCAGCUGGAAUUUCUGGAAAGGUACAGCAGAUGCAAUUUUUUUUUUUACAGUUAACAGCUGCUUCUAUCCUCUAGAAAGCAAUCGACUGGACUUUCGGGAAACGCUAGGAAGGUUGAAUUGGUUGAAAGGGAAGUAAUAUUUGAAGGUGGAAAGAGAACAAGGUGAAAUAAAGAUAUUUGAUUAUUAUUAUUGAGAAAAUGUCAACACAAAAAAUUUUAAAAAAUGGGAUCUAGUAUAACCUAGAAAUUUUAGAAGAAAUGACUUGAAAGAAGCGUAUUCCCAAAAAAAGGAACAAAUUUCAGAUCAUAUUUAUACACUACUAAAGUUUCCAGUCGAGUAGGAUUCCCAAAACGAAAAUGCUGGAAACUGUGAGGAAACUCUGUGGCGUCAAGUUAAUAACUGCUAAGGAUUCACAAUAUUUGAACGAGCUGUUGAGUAAAGUGAGAAACUACUAAAUGUGAAAGUAGAUACAGACAGAAAACAAUGAAAACCAACUUUAUCGUUUAAGACAGGAAAAAAUCGAGCUCUGAAAAGUGUGAUAAAUAGAACUAUCCUCUAAGAUCCACUACCUUGAUUAUCGACAAAACCCAAUUUUGUCUAGAGGACAUGAUACAGGUAUUUCAUAACAAUAACCAAGAAUAAUAAGUGUGUCUUAAUGAAACAGUGAUAAAUGCGAACGAAAAGAACUGUAUGGUGAGUGGCGAAAUACCUAAAGCUACAGUAAUUUAAUCAGAAACUUCUGAGGAAACAAAUGAAAAAUUUUAAUCGAAUGUGUACUUUUGAAAUAUCCGAGUUGUUGUGUGAAAGAAUAAAAGAAAAAAAAGUAAAUGAUUAGGUGUGAAGCAUUUCCGGCAGUACAAUAAUGCUCAAUACUUUGAUAAUGUUCCUACUUCAAUAAUCCGCAUAUUAAGCCCAACUGAAAUUUUUGAUUUCCUCUGCUAAUAGCGCUUUUUUCAGCUUUUACCGAUUGAGGGGCACGAUUCCACGAAAUCAGGAAUAACGCUCUGCUUUGUAACUCUUUUGUUCCCCUAAAUGUCUACGUAGGAUUCGUUAGCAAAUCCACAUUUGCGGUUCUAAGAAAAAACAGUUCUAAGAUACAAACAAAACAUUUUGGAGAAGGAAAGCAUAUCUCCCUUGUUUAUGUACAGCCACAAGAUCGGGACCCUCUCUCUCUCUCUCUCUCUCUCUCUCUCUCUGUCUCUGUCUCUGUCUCUCUCUUUCUCUGUCUCUCUCCCCCUUUCUUCAGUCAUUAAGAGAAGGAAUGACCUCAUCCUAAUGUUCCCUCAGGUCUUUGCCCCGCAUUUCCAAUUCCCCGUUCAUUAAACUCUCUCAGAAAUAAAAUUGCUCAUCUGUCUUGAUCAAAAGUUAAUUCAACAGGAACUCGCUCGCAAUAUCCGUACGUCUUCACUUUCGCAUGUUUAUUAUACGACUUGAGAGAGCUUAGUCCUACGCGUCUUGAAGAAUCCCUUUCUCAGCUCACACAGCUAUAAAACAUUUCGUAAUAUUCUUGUCAGGAGGAAGAGACAUUUUGAGUUUCCAAACAUUUUUAAAUGAAGCUCUCUUUCCUUCACGAAUAUUAUAGCCUGCAAUCUUUCUUUCAUUUUGUUCACCAGCUGCAAUUUCCAUAAUUUCAGUCUUUUAAGAUUAUAACACAAAGCUCAAUUGCAUAGCAGAAAUAAUCUAAGUACGCGCCAAGGAAGAAUCACGUUCCAAAUAUAGAUAUAUAUCCCUUGAAUUCACGAAACAAUUUCAAGUAUUCCGCUACAAAGUGCCGCAAUUUUGAAGAGCUAUUUCACCUACCAUCGGUCAGUACCAGUACAUUACGCUACAUAUCGUGCAAGCAUUUCCCCAUACAUAAUUGUUAGCUACAUCCCCGGCCAAUCACCAGCCUUGACAAUACAUCCCCGAUUUUCGUCUCCCCCGCCCCCCCUAAAAGGAAUUCCGCAGUUCGAUCUCCCUUCACCCCUUUUUCCACUUCUUCCUUUCCCGAGAAUUUGGCUGCUUCGUUAUAUUCCUCUGGAAGUGGAGCCACUCCGACGGAUAUUCUUUCAAGUUAAACAAAAGAAAAGUUACAAUGAUGUACUCAGUGCGACAGGGAGCAGCUGCUCUGGCGAGCAGGAUCAUGCUAGCGGCAAUUCUCCUUUUAGUCUUCAGUUCAGAUGCCGAGUGUAUCAAGAUCGUGGAGAUGAGAGUCCCGUCAUCAGUUAUGGCCGGAGACACUGUGCAUUUGCAGUGCGACUAUGACCUGGAAUCAGACACAUUAUACUCUCUCACUUGGUGGCGGGAACAAAAGCAGUUCUAUCAGUACAGUCCGACCUCCGGCAAAAGGAAGUCGAAGUACGACUCCCACGGGAUCGAGGUUGACGAGGACAGAUCCACCAAGAAUACAGUAGUGCUGAGGAACGUGUCAUUCGAUACGGCAGGAAGGUACAAGUGUGAAGUGGUCGCAGAAUUCCCAACUUACGAAAAGGACUCCGAUUUUCGGGAUAUGAGAGUUAUUGACAUUCCGGACCGAGUUCCCGUCAUACAGGCUGACCGAACUCACUACCAUCACGGAGACCUCCUAGUCGCUAACUGCACUACGUCGGGAUCCAAACCAGCUCCGCACAUUCGCUGGCAAAUCAAUGGAAGAACGAUACCGGAAGCCUACAGCAAUAUCGUCACGGAAAACGAGACGAAGUCGUGUCUCAUCUCCUUGACCUCUGAGCUGAGGAUAAGACUUUCGCCAGACCACUUCCGCGACUUCCAGUUGCGACUGACUUGCAUCGCAGAGAUCUCGCCUAUAUACGAACAGUCCGCCUACAUCCUGCUCACGGGGCCUGGCUACAAAAGAGCUGGACCCAUUCAGAAGUAUUACAAAAAUCAAGGACCACGGUUGGAGAUCAGCAUCUACCAGUGGACUCUCAUCUGCUUCACGAUGGCUUGUGUCUAUACAAUGAACUUGGAAGAGUAGUACAGGCUUGUAUUUUACAAAACAAAAUACAAGUUGGUAAAUGGCAAUUCCCCUCUCACGUCAAAAAAAGUGACUAGUGUUGCCAAGUCGGCAAAUAAACUGAAAACGAGAGACCCAUGAAAGCUCCAGUAUUUUCAAGCAGUCGGGAAAUGACAUUAAGAAACACUGACAGUAAUAACUGACCUCGUAUGUACGUAUGUUUCAGCAUAAAAACUGAAUUCUUUUGAUGUUGUUUGUAAUGUACCCCAGGAGGCUGACUUUUUUUUUUUUUUUUUUUGCGAAGAGGGCAAUAUUCGUAACGGUGAUUUUAAUAAAUAAAAAAAACAACGGUGAGCACACGACCUAGGAUGGACGCCUUGAAAUGACGUGAACAAAUCUGCGACCACAAACAGUAAGGGUGACGGUUUCGUCAAGUGUAACGAAGUCACUUUGCUUCUAGACAACGCUGCUCUCUAAACGUGAACAACUUUUGAACUUGUAAAUGUGACUUUGACACUCAAACGGUGUUGAAACGGAGUUCACCAAUGGCAUACAAUUUAAUUGAGUUAAAAUAUUGUUUCUGACUUCCGAUGUGAAAAGGAGGCCUGAAUAAUCGUUGUGAUUCAUAUGUAUGAAGCCAGCUGAUUUAUCUCGAAGGAUUUUUUCUACAGCUGCAAUAGCCUACCAUUAUAAGAAACUCGGAAAUUUAUUUUGAAGUGCAUUAACAUAAGAACACAUAAAUUAGGGAAGAUUCCCUGAUUUGGAAGUAUAUUACCUAAUACUACUAUGAAGUGCAUUCGGAGUUUUUCGCCUAAUGAAUGAUAACGAGCUUAUGUAUCUUAAUAAAAUAAUGAGGAAAACGUUACAUUGAGUAAAUAAAUAGAGUGGAAAACGCGCAGUGUUUCCUAGUGUUGCUCUACUGUGUGACCGCUUCUGCAAGACCGCCACGGCUUGCCUAGUUAAGGAAACAUUACUAAUAGUUUUGUAGAUUGCCAAGGAGGGUGACACCAAGAAACACUACAGAAAUACAAACGCACCGUAUGGAAACUGUAUAACUAUAACUGUAGUUGUUUGUAAGGUUUUACUGAUGAGACAAUGCAGUAUCCAUCUUAUUUACUAUUAAAGUCGUCAAGACGUCAUGGCGUCGUGGGGGAUUACCUAGUGGGAAAAUGUUGUUGAAGGAACAGGAAAAAAUUGAAUAAAAAAGAGAAACAAGGAAACGAUCUCUCUGCUCAAAGCGUAUAUACCUUUUAUAUAAAGUGUCCCAUGGGUGGUAGUUUCUAAGACGGAGGGGAAAAAUUACAAGGAGAAAUUCUUCUGACUCAGCGUUUUCCUUUAAGUUUUCGUAUACGUUUUUUUU